AUGGUUCGACAUGGUACUUUUACUUCUGAUGGUGGAUCCAUCAAUUGGGAGGCGUUUCGCCGCUCCGCAUUUCUGUUUUGGCUAUGUUGUUUCCCACUAAUCUCUGUGCCUGGAAAUCGUCGAAUGGAAAUCUUUCCGAUGGGGAACUUCGACUGCCAAGUGGCAAUGUCUUCUAAAAUUGCGGUCAAGAGCAAGUCCACCGCCUCAAACAUACUUUGUACACAGCAGUGCCUUCUCAAGAGUCAUCUCCCCACAUGCUCCGCAGAGGACUGA